CUGAACGCUCGGGAGGGCCCAGGACGGAAAGCCGGCGGUGGCAGCCUGAGCCCUCUAGGGACCGGCCUGCCCAUCCUGGACAAUGCUGAUUCCUCUCUGUACCUACUUCCUCUGGCUAUCCACCAGUGAUCUCUGGACUGUCCAGGCUAAGGACCCCCAUACUGAUGUGAGCACAAGGAGCCCUCAUCGGGACUUGGCUCCAAACAAUGUUGACUUUGCCUUUACUCUGUAUAGGCAUCUAGUGGCUUCAGCUCCUGGCAAGAAUGUCUUCAUCUCUCCUGUAAGCAUCUCCAUGGCCUUAGCUAUGUUGUCCCUGGGCGCCCGCGGCCUCACACGGGUCCAGCUUCUCCAAGGCCUCGGCUUCAACCUCACCAAGACAUCUGAAGCUGAGAUCCACCAGGGCUUCCAGCGCCUCCGCCGUCUCCACGGACAGUCAGACACCACACUGGAGAUGGCUCUGGGUAAUGCCUUGUUCCUUGACCGCAGCCUGGAGCUUCUGGACUCAUUCUCAGCAGACACCAAGCACUACUAUGAGUUGGAGGUCUUGGCUACAGAUUUCGAGGACUGGGCUGGAGCCAGUAGACAAAUCAAUGAGUACAUCAAAAAUAAGACCCAUGGGAAAAUUGUGAACUUGUUUUCAGAGCUGAAUAGUUCAGCCACACUCAUCCUGGUCAACUACAUCUUCUUUAAAGGCACGUGGGCACACCCCUUCGACCCAGAGAACACCAGGGAGGAGAACUUCUACGUGAACGAGAGCGCCGUGGUCAAAGUGCCCAUGAUGUCCCAGUCGAGCGCCAUCAAGUACCUGAAGGACCGGGCACUCCCCUGCCAGCUGGUGCAGCUGGACUACGCGGGCAACGGGACCGUCUUCUUCAUCCUCCCAGAUGAGGGGAAGAUGGACACGGUCAUCGCCGCGCUGAGCAGGGACACCAUUCAGCGGUGGUCUGAGUCCCUGACCAUCAGCCACGUGGACCUACACAUCCCGAAGGUGUCCAUCUCCGGAGCCUACGACCUCAAGGCCAUCCUGGGGGACAUGGGCAUCACAGACUUGGUCAGCAACGGGGCAGAUUUCUCCGGCAUCACCCAAGAGGCCCGGCUGAAGGUGUCGAAGGUGGUCCAUAAGGCCGUGCUGCAGCUGGAUGAGAAGGGCCUGAAGGCAGCUGUCCCCUCCAGGGUCACGUUCAAGGUGGCCUCCGAGCCUCUUGCCGUCCACUUCAACCGGCCCUUCGUGGUCAUGAUCUUCAACCACUUCACGUGGAACAGCCUUUUCCUGGGCAGGGUCAUGAAUCCCACCUAACGGGCGGCCCCCAGGAGCCCGCAGCCCCAGUGACUCUGCGCUCCAGGGCAGAAACGCUCCGGGGGGAUGGAGGAUCCCCCCAGUCUUCUCCAGGCUCUUCUGAACUGGGGCAGUUGACAGACUGGGAUUGACAGUAAUGAAAUACUGUGACUCUGUGCUUUGAUCGUUGGGCUCUGGCUGUGUAAGCAGCGGGAACUGGGGGAAGGGCAUAUGAAAACACUACUGUUUUUGUAAA